CACAUAUAUAUUCUUGAUUCACUAUUCUACAUUAGUUCUAUCUAAUUUGUUGUGUUCCCUCCCCAAAUUCCAAAUCUGUCCCUCAUUCAUUCUGUUUACUCUCCUUCUCUCUCUUUCUCUCUCUCACAAACACACACACGGAGAGAAAGGCAGCGGCCAUUAACUCAGAGCUCCACCACCACUGACUGGCGAUGACCCUUCUCCCCCUUCUCAUCGUUUUCUCUCUCCUUCCUUUCUGCCUUUCUCUCUCUAGUCCUUUCAGUAAGCCCACCAUCUGCAGUACAAUUGCUCUGUUUUCGACUGAUAAUGGCUACAGCUCACUCUUUUGUCGUUUUGUGUUUUCCCUGUUUUUUGCAGACUACAGCUUACACAUUGACUGCGGCGGCCUCGUCGACACCACCGACGCCUUCCACACAGACUGGCUCUCCGACCGAUUCUACUCCGGAGGCUCCGUCGCCGUCGUCUCCGAGCCCCUCCGCUUCGUCCACCAGCAGGAGAAGACCCUCCGCCACUUCCCCAUCUCCUCCGGAAAGAAGAACUGCUACUCAAUACCCCUACCAACCAGCGGCGCCGGAGGCGGCCGCUACCUCCUCAGGACGUUCACCGUCUACGACAAUUUCGACGGCAAGUCCCACUCCCCCUCCUUCGACGUCUCCGUCCGGGGCACGCUGGUGUUUUCAUGGAGAUCCCCCUGGCCCGCGGAGAUUUCUCGAUCCGGCGCCUACUCGGAUCUGUUCUUUCACCACGACGCCGCCGCCGUGGACCUCUGCUUCUACAGCAUCGCCACCGAUUCUCCGGUCAUCGGCUCCCUCGAGGUGUACCAAAUCGACGCCCGCGCUUACCCCUUCGACCACCCCGGCAACUCCAGCGCCUACAUCCUCAUAAACUACGGGCGGUUCUCAUCCGGGUCGGGCCGGUGGGGACCCGGAUUCACCAACGACACCGAUUUCUUCGGCCGGACUUGGCUGUCCGGCUCCGAAUUCCGGCGCGAAUCGAUCAGCGCCGCCAACGGCGCGACGGUGAAGGCGAUCUCCGCCAUCAGGAACGUGACAAACGUGGAGAGAAGCCCUAAUUACUUCCCCGCGAAGCUCUACGAGACGGCGGCCACGGCGUUCGAGCACGGCGGCGGCGGUGGCGGUGGCGGUGUGCUGGAGUACGAGCUUCCGGUGGACGCGAAGCUGGACUACCUGCUAAUAUUCCAUUUCGCGGAGAUUGACGUCAGCGUGACGAGGGCCGGGCAGAGGGUUUUUGAUGUGGUGGUGAACGGGAAGAACGCGAGCAGGGUCGACGUGUUCAAGGAGGUCGGAGGUUUUGCGGCCUACGAUUGGAGCUAUCUGGUAAUGAAUCUGAGCAGCACGAUUCUGAGCGUGAGGCUAGUGCCAGUGGUCGGGUCGCCGGUUAUUUGUGGGCUUGAAAAUUACGCCAUUGUGCAGGUUGAUCUCAGGACUACACCUGACCAGGUGGUUGCAAUGAGGGCAUUAAAGGCAUCUCUGCACGUGCCAGAAAGAAUGGGUUGGAAUGGUGAUCCGUGUGCCCCUACCACAUGGGAUGCAUGGGAAGGUGUUACUUGUCACCCCUCAAAGGAUGAAUCUUACCUUGUUGUGUCCCAGAUAGAUCUUGGGAGCCAAGGGCUGAAAGGUUAUAUAAGUGACCAAAUUGGCCUCUUGACGAACUUGGUAAGCCUGGAUUUGUCGAACAACAAAUUUACUGGAUUCAUACCAGAUAGUCUAACCUCGUCAAGUUUGCAACUCGUGUUACUGAAUGAUAAUGCAUUGGAAGGACAAGUUCCAGAGGAACUUUAUUCAAUUGGGGUACACGGUGGAGCCAUAGACCUUUCUCGCAAUAAAAGAUUGUGUGGCGUGCCUUCUUUGCCCGACUGUCCAUUGUUUUGGGGGAAAAACGGGUUAUCUACAGGGGCCAAAGUUGGAAUAGGCCUAUCUUGCAUGGUUAUUUUAUUUUUGCUAUUGCUGGGAUUAUAUUAUUUCUGCAAGAGGAGGCACAAUGAUUAUGGCUUUGGUCUACCUCAUGAACUUAUAGAUUGCGCAAAAGGCUACAAAAAUUCCGAAAUAUGCACAACACGCUGGUUCCAGGUGGUGUAUAGAUCGCUUGAAUUCAACUUCUUUUCAUCAACUUUUGUGCAGCGUUUACUAGAUGGGAAAACCACCAAAAUUUGGGAACACCCAUGGGUCCCAAACAUUCAAGGAUUCACUCCCACUGGCAAGAACCACAUCAACUCUCACUUAGUCUGGGUCAAAGAACUUAUGGAUGACACAGGUAGAAGAUGGAACAAAAGACUUAUAGAAGACAGCUUCCCAAAGCAUGAAUCAGAGGCCAUUUUAAAGAUUGAGGGUCUGGAUCCUUACUCUUCUGAUAGAAUAUGA